AUGCAGCUCGUUCAAUCCAUUGCCAGAUACCGCGGCUGGUCUUCACAGCGAACUCGGAUCAAUAGCAUCGCAAGGUCUCACAGUUCCCAAGCUGCAAGCCUUCCUCGCCUCGACUUCGCCGCCAUCGAUUCGAAAUGGCAGAAACGAUGGGCGCAGCAAGGCCAGACGUCUUCGCUUCGAGUUGGCGCCACCCGCGAUAGCCGGAAGAAAACGGCAUACAUUCUUCCUAUGUUCCCAUAUCCCUCGGGCACACUCCACCUCGGCCAUUUGCGAGUCUACACUAUAUCGGAUGUUAUUGCGCGGUACAAGCGCAUGAGGGGUUACGAUGUGAUACAUCCUAUGGGAUGGGAUGCUUUUGGCUUACCGGCAGAAAAUGCUGCGAUAGAAAGAGGGGUUGACCCAGCUGAAUGGACUCGCUCGAACAUUGCGAAGAUGAAGGAGCAGCUCAAGGCGAUGGGAACUUCAUUCAACUGGGAAAGAGAGAUCACGACAUGCGAUCCGUCAUUCUACAAACAUACACAAAAGCUAUUUUUGAUGCUUUACGAGAGCGGAUUAGCAUACCGAGCGAAAUCAUGGGUUAAUUUCGACCCUGUCGAUGGUACAGUCCUUGCAAAUGAGCAGGUGGACGCCAACGGCUUAUCGUGGCGGUCCGGCGCCAAAGUGGAGAAGCGCUGUCUUUCACAGUGGUUUCUGCGUAUUAAGGCCUUCCAGGAGUCCUUGGUCGAUAAUCUAACAUCAAUGCAGGAAACAGGUAAUUGGCCGGCUCGAGUACUCUCUCAACAACGAGCUUGGAUCGGACGGUCUCAGGGAGCAAGGCUCAACUUCAGAAUUCAUUCUAAACACGAACAUGCAGUACACCAGGCCGAGGUCUUUACGACCAGGCUAGACACUGUCUUCGGGGUUCAGUAUCUAGCUCUCUCUUUAAAUCAUCCUCUUGUCAAACGAGAGAAAGAGAAGAACCGGGAGCUCCGGUGUUUCGUCGAAGCUGCACAUAACCUCACUCCCGAUUCUAAAUCUGGAUUUCGGCUGCCGAACUUAUACGCAGAGAAUCCCGUAUCUGUACUUGAGCCUGCUUUGAAAGAUCAGGCCAUACCGAUAUUCGUAGCACCCUAUGUGAUUGACGAUUAUGGAUCUGGGGCAGUCAUGGGAGUUCCCGGACAUGACAAGCGCGAUUUCGACUUCUGGCGGGAGAACACUGACCAACCGAUAAAACUUGUGAUAUAUCCUGCAAGCUCUGACGCAGAUUGUCUUACCGAAGAAGCACAUUCCGGACUAGCCGAUGGAUCUCCCGAGCCCUUCACAAAGAAAGGCAUCCUCGGUGACUCGUGCGGUUCAUUCGCCGGAAUGCAGUCGAAUCAAGCGAUCGAUGCGCUCUGUACAAUUCUGGGAUCUCUCAGCGCUGAUGCAAAAUCGUUCAAAACAGAGAACUGGCGUCUGAGAGACUGGCUCAUCAGUCGGCAAAGGUACUGGGGCUGCCCCAUACCAAUGGUACAUUGUGAUACUUGCGGUGUCGUUCCUGUCCCCGACUCGGAUCUGCCUGUUGAGCUGCCCAAGCUCAGGCCUGGUCAGCUCACAGGUAAAGGAGGCAAUCCACUGGAUCACAUACCGGAUUGGCUCGAGACCUCUUGCCCGAAAUGUCUCGGGCCUGCAAAGCGCGAGACUGACACGAUGGACACCUUCAUGGACUCGUCUUGGUACAUGUUCCGCUAUCUCACACCAAGAUCUGCAGAUGUCCCCAUGAUUCCUGAGAUCGCCGAUGCAAUCAUGCCGGUCGAUAUAUACAUCGGUGGUGUUGAGCACGCAAUCUUACAUCUACUGUAUGCCCGUUUCAUCGCGAAGUUCCUUGCCACUACGACUCUAUGGCCUCGUGGAAACCGGAAUGACAAUAACGGGGAGCCAUUCAAGCGACUUAUAAGUCAAGGUAUGGUUCAUGGAAAAACAUUCUCAGAUCCGUCAACUGGUAAGUUUUUGCACCCCUCAGAGGUAGAUACGUGCAAUGGCGAAAGUCCGAAGAUUCGAAGUAGCGGGAUUACGCCCAACAUAUCUUUUGAAAAGAUGUCGAAAAGUAAACAUAAUGGUGUCGAUCCAGCAGGAUGCAUUGCAGAGUUUGGCGCGGACGCAACACGUGCUCACAUGUUGUUUGCGGCUCCAGUGAGCGAAGUGCUUGAGUGGGAACCUCAACGUAUUGUGGGCAUUCAGCGCUGGUUCCGCAAGCUCUGGCGACUCUGUCAACCGAGCGAUAGCGUCAUCUCACUCAAUGAGUUUACCCUACAAGCAUUGCAUGGCAGCGACGCUGCUCUAUGGCUGCUCACACAGGAAACGAUCGCUUCAGUCACACAAUCGCUGGAAACAGACUACAGCUUGAAUACAGUUGUUUCAGAUCUGAUCAAACUGACCAAUGAAAUCGCCCAGCACGCUCAACGCUGUUCCAAGUACACACAAUACGCCUCAACAGCUGUACUUGUUCAUCUGAUGGCGCCCAUUACACCAGCAUUUGCAGAGGAAUGCUGGGAAAACCUGCAUUCGGGGAUGACAAACCCUCCAUCUUCUGUCCUCGAACAACCAUUUCCGGUAGUUGACCCGCAUGCUUUGAGGACUCUCAGACCUCAGACCUCGACGCUCGUUGUUUCAGUCAAUGGCAAGAAACGUUUGACCAUUGAAGUUCCAGAACUGCCUGAAUCGCUGCAAUUGCACACAAAUGACGAUACAAAUCUAGAGUUACACGGCAAGCAAGCUGUACGCGAAUGGAUCAUAGAACAGCUUAUGGGCAACGAGCAGAGCGCGAAGGAUCUCGGCCCUGGCGGGAGAUGGGAGUCAGACCUCGGGGAAGGCGACUUGUAUUGGUCCAUCAGAAAAGGCAGAGUUCGAAAUGUGAACAUCAAGCGUUGA